CUGCAUUGUGUCGCCCUACUGAUGACGACAGACCCCUGCGACGGAACGUAUUUCAUACUACACAACGGCGGCCUUCUUGAGCGCUGUAAUUUUUUAAUACUAGGUGGAGGAUUUGUUUCCAGAAUCCAUCACCGUCAUGAAACUUGUCCGGUUUUUGAUGAAGCUCAGCCAUGAGACGGUCACCAUUGAACUGAAGAAUGGAACCCAGGUCCACGGCACCAUCACAGGUGUCGAUGUGAGCAUGAACACUCACCUGAAGGCAGUGAAGAUGACUCUGAAGAACCGGGAGCCCACACAGCUGGAGUCUCUGAGUAUCCGCGGCAAUAACAUCCGGUACUUCAUCCUGCCCGACAGCCUGCCGCUGGACACCCUGCUGGUGGACAUCGAGCCUAAGGUCAAGUCCAAGAAGAGGGAAGCAGUGGCUGGUCGGGGCCGAGGCAGAGGUCGUGGCCGUGGCAGAGGCAGGGGCCGGGGUCGCGGGGGACCCAGGAGAUGAACACCACAGCGAUGCAGUUCUUUGCCGUCGCCUCACUGUUUGUACAGGAUUUUCUUUUGUUAUUUUUUUAAUGCAAGGAAUGUGUGAAUUCCAUGUGAUUUUUUUUUUUUCUUUUGGUUUUUCCUAUUUUGUAUAUUAAAAUGUUCUCCUUGAACACAGAAAGGUU